AAAUCCUGUCGCUGUGGCUUCUGGUAGAGCGGGGGGGGCGCCCUGUACCGGCGUCAUUCCCAGAAUACCACGGGGCAGAAACUAGCAAAAGUGCGAACUUAGCUCUAAAGCUAAAAGAAAGGAAGGCUAAAAGCACUGAUAUUUUCACCACCAAACGCGUCUGCAUUUCAGGAAAAUGGCUGACGAGGAGAAACAAGAUAACCAGCGGUUAAAGAAUUUCAAAAACAAGGGUCGGGAUCCGGAGACUAUGAGAAGACAGAGGAACGACGUAGCUGUGGAAAUCCGGAAGAACAAGAGAGAUGAGCACCUCCUGAAGAGGAGGAAUGUUCCGCAGGGAAGCGGCUGUGAGGACCCUGAUGUCGACGGGGACCUCCAGGGGCUGACCACCUCUUUGGAAGCCAUAGUGCAAAAUGCAACCAGUGAUGACCAAGGCGUUCAGCUCAGCGCGGUGCAGGCUGCCAGGAAGCUGUUGUCCAGCGACCGCAACCCGCCCAUUGAUGAUUUGAUCAAGUCAGGGAUUUUGCCUGUGCUGGUGAACUGCCUGGACAGAGUUGACAAUCCUGCUCUUCAGUUUGAAGCGGCCUGGGCUCUGACUAACAUUGCCUCCGGCACCUCAGAGCAGACACAGGCAGUGGUGCAGUGCAAUGCUGUACCCAUGUUCCUGAGCCUGCUGCUGUCCCCGCACCAGAACGUGUGCGAGCAGGCCGUGUGGGCGCUAGGCAACAUCAUCGGUGACGGGCCGCGGUGCAGGGAUUAUGUCAUCAGCCUGGGCGUGGUCAAGCCUCUGCUGGCCUUCAUACGGCCCACUGUACCAAUCACCUUCCUCCGCAACGUCACAUGGGUCAUGGUCAACCUGUGCCGCCACAAGGACCCGCCCCCUCCCCUGGAGACUGUCCAGGAGAUUCUCCCGGCCCUGUGUGUGCUGAUUCACCAUACAGACGUCAGCAUCCUGGUGGACACGGUCUGGGCGCUGUCCUACCUGACGGACGCGGGGAACGAUCAGAUCCAGAUGGUCAUCGACUCGGGAAUCAUCCCGCAUCUGGUGCCCCUCCUCGACCACCAGGAGGUCAAAGUUCAGACGGCGGCUCUGAGGGCUGUGGGGAACAUCGUCACCGGCACGGACGAGCAGACCCAGGAGGUCCUGAACUGCGACGCCCUUUCCCACUUCCCCAACCUGCUCACGCACCCCAAGGAGAAGAUCAACAAGGAGGCCGUGUGGUUCCUGUCGAACAUCACCGCGGGGAACCCGCAGCAGGUCCAGGCUGUGAUCGACGCCGGCCUGGUGCCCAUGAUCAUCCACCUGCUGGACAAGGGGGAUUUCGGGACGCAGAAGGAAGCAGCUUGGGCCAUCAGUAACCUGACCAUCAGUGGGAGGAAGGAGCAGGUGGCGCACCUGAUCCAGCAGCAGGUGAUCCCGCCCUUCUGCCGGCUGCUGACGGUGCGGGACUCCCAGGUGGUGCAGGUGGUGCUGGACGGCCUCCGGAGCAUGCUCAAAAUGGCCGACCAGGAGGCGGACGCCGUCGCCGGGCUGAUCGAGGAGUGCGGAGGUUUGGAGAAAAUUGAGAUGUUGCAGAAUCAUGAAAAUGAGGAGAUCUACAAGCUGUCCUACGAGAUUAUUGAUCAGUUCUUCUCCACCGACGACAUCGACGAGGACUCGAACCUGGUGCCGGAGGCCGGGGAGGGCGGGACGUACGGGUUCGACUCCUCCGCCAACCUGCCCACGGAGGGGUUCCGCUUCUAGACCCAAACCCUUAGUGCUGGAGCGUCUGGUCAUCACCCACAAAAAAAAAAAAUGGGGAGAGGGAUAGUGAAAGAGAGAGAGAGAGAACGGGCGUGCGAAUGAGAACGGGCGUGCGAAUGAGAGCGAGCGUGCGAACGAAUGAGAGAACGAGCGAGUGAGAGUGAGCGAGAAUGAGGGAGGGCGUCGGCCUGCUGGCUCCGCGGUUGCCCCUGACAACCAAGCGGAUUUGGUGAAGCGUUGCCGUGGGAACCGGAGCCGUGUCCGGGUGGACCAGGCGAGGAAGGGGUCGGAAGCGAUGAAUGCAAGCGAGCGCAAGUGCUUUAGUACUGGGAAUAUUUCUUUAUUUUAUUUUUUUUUCCUUUUUUAAUUAAUUAAUAAAAAAUCACAAUCUGCACUGUGCCUAUAGAACACGACGCUUAAGAACUGUCACAUUUCAGAACGCACUCUACACUGUUGACAGGAGAGCGACCGCUUUAGCUUUGUGCUUUCGUUUUUGUUCCCUCAUUUUACGUCUGCACUGAACCAUAGCCGCGUGACUAGUUUUUGUGCUGCUGAAUUUAAAGAUGACCGUCUCCACCCUGCGUGACAAGAGGAAACCCGGGCCACUGCAGUUUCCAGAAGCGAGGAGAGGCGGGAUGUGGACUUGGGAAUUGGCGGAAACUCGAGCGGGAAUUGAAAUCGAGAAGGCGGGGAAGGGCUUACGUCGUGGCUUCGGGGUAGGGGCGUUCCCCCUUCUGAUUGGCUGAACUGGUGAAGGGGUCGGGCCCGCCCUGCCCCGGACGCACGCGGUGGUUGUGGGAGGGGCUCGUCGACGAAACGCGCCACCAAAGGAAGGAAAGGGCGCGCGAGCGACUCGCCCGCGGUCUGCGAGGAGGAAGUGUACGCGCUCCCCGCGGGCACCCUGCCGCUUUUCCCCAAACCUUUCUGGUGAUUUAUUCUUAGGUUUUACUUUUUCCACUCUGUAUUUCAGUGCUUGCAUUUAAAAAGUGCCCGCCCUCACCCCCUCCACCGACACCCCGGGAGUUUCUGUUAGACUCCACAUCACCCUGUUUGCACCUAAAUGCCGUACUGUGAGUAAAACGCCCCCUUCCCCCUUGUAGUGAGGAAUUAUUGCCGUUUUUUGUUUUUUUUCGUUUCAACUUUAUUUUUUCUUUUUAAGCAGUUUCGUAACACCACUGAAUUGGGCUGGAGUUGGUGGAGGUGACCUUUUGUGGGACUUUGUUGGGACUAUUUGCAACAUUCCAUGUCAGGGCCUAAUUACACCUAGAUAUGUACGACUCCCUGAACCUGUUUGAGAGCAGGUAGGGUUGUCCUUCGAGGGAAAUAAAUAUUGAAUCCCGAA